AAAACCAAGACGCCAUCCAAUCCAAUCAAAUUCGCGAACCCCCGAACACAUGCACGUACCUAUCAUGGACUCGCUGCGCAAUCCCCAGCCAUGCAAAAAUCCCGAGCCCUCCAGAAUCACAAGAAUUCCAUACCAGUGGAGAUUAAUGGAAUCUCUAUAUAUCCAGUGGUGAUCGCAAUGCUGCCUCCCGGAGCUUGCUCGACAAGUACGGACGCCUUCGUCUAGCUCGGACGCUCGGUUCGUGCCCCGGCUCGCAGCCUUGCUGUCCAUGCAAGCUUCUUCCAGCUCCAACCCCGGCUCUGCUUCCAUGGAGAGGACCAGCCAGUGGGUGUCGUCGCAGGACGUACCGACGGAUCUCGUCGUCCGGGUCGCCGGUGCCGCCUUUCCUCUUCAUAAGGCGGUGAUGGUGCCCAAGUGCGGCUACAUCCGCAAGGCCGUGGCGGAGGCCGCGCGCGCGGCGGCUCCCGUCACCGAGAUCCAGCUCGACGGGCUGCCGGGCGGCGCCGACGCCUUCGAGAAGGCCGCGCGCUACUGCUACGGCGCCAACUUCGAGAUAUCCGCGCGCAACGCAGCCGCGCUCCUCUGCGCCGCCGCGUUCCUCGACAUGCAGCCCGCCGACGGCGGCCUCGCGCGCCGCGUGGAGGAGUUCCUCGCGCAGUCGGGGCUCCGCUCUCUGCCCAGCGCCGUCGCCGUGCUGCGCUCCUGCGAGGGCCCGCUCCUCACGGCCGCCGAGGAGCUCGGCGUCGCGCGACGAGCUGCAGACGCCGCCGCGCUGAGGAUCUGCAACGAGGUGCUCUUCCCGACGAGGUCGCCGCCCGAGUGGUGGGCGUCCGAGCUAGCGGCCCUCUCGCCAGCGUCUUUCCACAGGGUAGUCACGGCGCUUCGCUGCCGACGCGCCGGCCCCGAGGUGCUCGUCGCUGCGUCCACCGCCUACGCGGAGCUUGUUCUGGGCGCCAACGCUGACGGCGCGUUUCUUGAGACCGUCGUGGCCGUGCUCCCUUCUGCGGACGACGCGCCCCUUCCGGCGGAGUUCCUCUGCCGGCUCCUCCACGCCGCCGUCACCGCGGGGGCCUGCACCAAGACGUGCCGCGACCUGGAGCAGCGCGUCGCGGCCGUACUAGACCAGGCCACGGCAGGAGACCUGCUCACCGUCGCGUUCGACAGCGCCGGGGAGCACGCCACCAACACCGACACCCUCCGGCGCGUCAUCGCCGCGUUCGUGGAGCGCGAGUCUGGCGUCGGGCGGAACAGGAGGGCGUCGCUGUCGGGAGCGGCGGUGGCGCUGGGCGCAGGGGCGCUGCAGAAGGUGGCCAAGACGGUGGACGAGGUGGCGGCGGAGAUCGCGACGGAGGAGUCGCUGCCAAUCUCCAAGUUCGUGGGCGUGGCCGGCGCGGUGCCCAAGGAGGCGCGCGCGACCCACGACUGCCUGUACCGCGCCGUGGACAUCUACCUGAAGGCGCACCCGUCGCUGGACGAGAUCGAGCGGGAGAAGGUGUGCAGCGUCAUGGACACCCUCAAGCUCUCCUACACGGCGCGCCUGCACGCCUCCCAGAACAAGCGCCUCCCGCUCCAGGCCGUGCUCAGCGCGCUGUACUACGACCAGCUGAAGCUCCGCAGCAACAGCGCCAGCAUCGGCCACGACGACGAGGAGGCGAGGUCGGAGGCCGGGUCGGCGCGCAUGCAGGCCAAGGCGGACGCGGCGCUGGCGCGGGAGAACGAGGCGCUGCGGUCGGAGCUGGCAAUGAUGCGGGCGCACAUGUCGUCCGGCUCCGGCGUGCAGCGCAGCAAGGGGAGCGGGUCGAGGUCGGCGGCGACGGCCCUGGCGGCAGGGAAGAAAGUAAGCUUCUUCGGGUCCAUGUCGCGCACGCUGAGCCGGCUGAACCCGUUCAGGGCCGGCGGCGGGUGGUCCAAGGACACGUCCAGCAUCCAUGAAAGAACGGGCGGCUCCAUGCAUGCGGUCAAGCCCAAGAGGAGGAGGUUCUCCAUUAGCUAAGAAUCGAUAGAGAUCAUCCAUGUUAUUCGGUCUCAUUUCAUUCGUACCAUUUGUGGUGUGUACCGUGCGUGUAGGGGAAGAUCCAGGGUGAUUGUUCCCGCUAGUUCCCGUGAUGUAGCAUUUUCUUUCUUUCACUAUGUGGUGGUGUAUGAUGGGCAUUGUAGAAUUAAUUGAAGCUCGAUUGAAUUAGUAGGGUUUAAUCGACUGAAUUAUAUUGCUAUGUUU